GAGAGAGAAGGAGAGAGACGCAUCAACAAACGGGCGGUGGAGGGGACACGAGAAAAGGAAAGGGGGAAAAAAACGGUCACAUUUGUCAGGCACCUGAAAACGUGCUGGUUAUUUUCAGGACGCGUGUUGCUUAUUGAUGAGUGGGGUGUGUUUAAACUACUUGCACUCUAAUCAUGUUUUCAUGGUGACUGUACAAGCAGUUCAGUGUGACACAACCCCUUUGAGGAGCACACCCGUGCAGUGCUAUUCACCUCGGAGUUUUUUUUUUUCUUCUUCUUGGAUUGAAUACAACAUUGCUCUAUUUUCUCCUUCUUAAGAGUUUUUGCUCUGGUGGUCGGAUUUUCUCAAGAUCCCCUUCUACCAAUGCACUGUGUAGAUCCCUGCUCUUUUGAUCUGUGGGAUACGUUUUGUAUGCCUUGGCGGUUCAGGACUCUUUCACCUGUGUCUACCAAACUCCUCGGCGGUCAGCAGAGGCGCUAAAAACACGAGAAGAAGGGAAGCAACGUUUGUUUUAUUUGAUUGGAGACAUGGAGAAUAGCCCCGGAGGUGGUGUCAUCCUUUAUGCUGGAUCCUCUGGCAGUGCCAGCCCAAGUCCUGGCAGCCCCUCUAGUGGAUACCAGACCCAGUCACCCUCCUCCCACUCACAGCCCUCAUCCCCAGAGGGUGUCUCCUUUCAGGAGAUUGGGGCCAUGAAGCAGGGAGGGGAACAAAGAGGAGGGACGCCUUCCCCGAAAAUGGUCUUCCAAUUUCCAGAAGUGAACAAUGCUCCAGCUGCCCAAGUUACGACAGUGUCAUCGGCCACCUACAGCCAUCCCACGGUGGCCAAAAGACCUUGUGGAUUUACUGGCACCUUCCCUAAAACAGGUGGUAUGGUGCUUUUAUGCAAGGUGUGUGGGGACAUUGCAUCUGGUUUCCAUUACGGUGUCCACGCCUGUGAGGGUUGCAAGGGUUUCUUCAGACGCAGCAUUCAGCAGAAUAUCCACUACAAGAUGUGCGUGAAGAAUGAAAACUGUCUCAUCAUGCGCAUGAACCGAAACCGCUGCCAACACUGCCGCUUUAAGAAGUGUCUCUCCGUGGGCAUGUCCAGAGAUGCUGUCCGUUUUGGCCGUAUUCCCAAACGGGAGAAGCAGAGACUAUUGGAUGAGAUGCAGAGCUAUAUGAACAGUCUUAAUGAAUCUGCCUCCAUGGAGAUGGAGAUGUCACCUCCCUCCGACACCCAGUGCAGCCCAAAGAACCCGACGAAUGAAGGAGCAGGCUCCGUAAUGCAGUCCUACCAGAGCGACUUAAUAAACAGCGAGAAGAAACCUCUGAAAAGGCCUGCCAGCGACAGCAAUCUUGGCACUUCUUUCCAGAACAGUCCUGUGCAGGAAAACGCCCCGCCUCACGCAACAGCACAGGCACACCACACGUUUCAGGCGGAGCUGACAUCGGGAUACAGCGUCCCUUCAAAGUGUCCCGUUGCCCACACCAAUAAUGAAAACACCACGAAUAACAAUGUCAACAAUUCCAAGUACAACUUCACCAAUCAGAAUCAGUGUCCCGUCCGUGGCGGUCUUUCAUCUCAGCACUACGCAGCCAAUCAGAAGACUAAUUCUCAGAACCAAAAUUCCUGUCCUUGGAAGCUAAAUGGUGGAGCCAAAGUCUUGGCAUGUCCACUAAAUUCUUGUCCGGUGGCUCCAGCCAGUCGCUCCAGUCAGGAAAUGUGGGAGUCCUUUUCCCAGUGUUUUACCCCUGCUGUUAAAGAAGUGGUGGAGUUUGCAAAGAGUAUCCCAGGCUUCCAGACUCUGAGCCAACAGGACCAAGUCAUGCUACUUAAAUCUGGCACUUUUCAGGUGCUGAUGGUGAGGUUUUGCUCAUUAUUUGACCCAAAGGAGAGGACUGUGACUUUUCUCAAUGGGCAGACAUACUCCCUGGCAUCGCUCCGGGCAUUGGGCAUGGGCGUUUUACUGGAUGCCAUGUUUGAUUUCAGCGAGAAGCUAGGAUCUCUUGGUUUGGAACCAGACGAGAUGGCUCUUUUCAUGGCUGUUGUGCUCGUAUCAGCUGAUCGCUCUGGUGUAGUAGAUGUGGGAGCAGUGGAGCAGCUGCAGGAGAACCUGAUCAAAGCUCUGCGCACGCUCAUUACGAGUCGCCGGCCGGACGACAGCACACUCUUCCCAAAGCUGUUGCUACGUCUGCCGGACCUGCGAACCUUGAACAACCAGCACUCUGACAAGCUUUUAGCGUUCCGCAUUGAUCCGUAAACAAGCACAAGGCCUGCUGAGAUGUCUGCCUCGCGGAGCUUCUUGGCUUCUCAUCAAGACAGGCCUGCCACAGAUGUUGGCCUCUGCAUGACAGAUCAUUGUUGUUGGAGUAUGGCCAAGUGUGAUGGCGUGAGAGGGGACUUUAAAGCUAAAGGAAGUAGGCUCAGCAGGAGGUGGAAGCCCUUGAACUCAACUGAUCUCUUGCUUCCAAGACUGUCAUUAUUGACUUCCAACUGUGUUCUUCCUGGUUGGUUCACCAAAUCUUUACCGCUCCUCCAGGGAGCGCUCUGUCUGUACUCUCAACUUUGUCAACACUCCAGCCACGAUACAAGGCGUUUGUACAAACCUUCACCAACCAUGACUUCCGACUGUACAUUCACACCUUAAUUGUAAAUGGCACGCUCCAGAUAUUAAGAAGCCCCUCGAGCCAGUAUAGAUGAUAGCAAUAGAAACAACGCAAAGCUCGGAGAAUGGUU